UAACGUCAUAGACUCAGAUAGAUAGAUAGCAAGCACUAAUUUCUCACUCUGAAAGAAAAGGGCGUGCUGUUAGUUUGGUGCAAACUGCGACGGUGGUUAACGCCGCCUUGUGAAUUGUGAUGCCGCCGCGUCCAACCUUUCUGACGACUCGGCUCACUCCUCUCUUCUCCUCGCUCUUCUCUCAUUCCCAAUCUCCCUACUUCUCUUUCAAUUCCAACACUCCUUUCUUCUUCCGUCGCAAUGCAACACGAACACUCACCACAAUCGCUUCUUCUUCUUCUACUUCUUCUUCUUCUAGAAGAACCUUCUCCAGGUACAGGAAAUCUCAAUCUCACCACCUCAGCACGUUAGCUGAACCCACCGCAGUUAAGCUCUCAACCAAGGCACGGAGAAGAAUCGCACGUGGAUCUCCCGAGGGAAUCUUAAAGCACAAGCUCGACGAGUGUUCUAAGACCGGUAACCUUGUUGAAGCGCUUCGUCUCUAUGAUGCCGCCAGAAACGACGGCGUCUCGAUGAACCUCGAUCACUAUAACAAGCUCCUAUACCUCUGUUCUGCUUCCGAGUUAGGCCUCAAGAGAGGGAUGGAGAUUUUUCAGCAGAUGUUGAUUGAUCGUGUUUUGCCUAAUGAAGCUACCUUUACCAAUGCUGCUAGGCUUGCUGCUGCGAAGAACGAUCCUGACAUGGCAUUUGAAUUGCUGAAGCGAAUGAAGGAUUUCGCCAUUGCGCCCAAGCUGCGGUCCUAUGGCCCUGCUCUGUAUGGCUUUUGCAAGAAAGGUGAUGCUAACAAGGCCUAUGAAGUUGAUGCCAACAUGAUUGACUCCGGCAUUGCGGCCGAAGAGUCCGAACUGUCUGCUCUUUUGGAAGUCAGUGUGAGUUCAAACAGGGAAGAUAAGGUUUAUGAGAUGCUGCAGCGGUUGCGCACCACCGUGAGGCAGGUGUCUGAAUCGACUUUCGACGUGAUUGAGAGUUGGUUUAACAAGGAAUUCGCAUCCAAAAUUGGGGAAAAGAAUUGGGAUGUUAACCGGAUAAGGGAAGGGAUUGAGCGAGGAGGUGGAGGGUGGCAUGGACAAGGGUGGCUUGGAAGUGGCCAAUGGAAAGUGGCAAAGACUCAUGUGAAUCAGGAUGGACAUUGUCUUUCCUGUGGUGAGAAGCUUGUUAGCAUUGAUAUUGAUCCCAAAGAGACUGAAGAUUUUGCUGACUCUUUAUCCAUAUUGGCUUGCAAAAAAGAUCCUAAGUUAAGCUUUAUUCAUUUUAAGAAAUGGCUUAAGCGUUAUGGCCCUUUUGAUGCGGUUGUAGAUGGUGCCAACAUAGGCCUUGCGGAUGGGCAGCAUUUCAGCUUUGCGCGUCUUAGAUUCGUUGUUGAAGAAUUACGCCAAAUGAGCCCUACGAAGAGAUUGCCACUUAUAAUUUUGCAUGUAAAUCGAGUAAAUUGUGGUCCUGCUCUGAGUCCAAAUAACAGGAGACUUAUAGAAAGUUGGAAAAAGAAUGGCGUCCUUUAUGCUACACCUCAGGGCUCAAAUGAUGACUGGUACUGGUUGUAUGCUGCUGUUCGUUGUAAAUGCUUACUCUUGACAAAUGACGAGAUGAGGGACCACUUGUUCCAGCUACUAGGUUCGAGUUUCUUUCCACGAUGGAAGGAAAAACACCAGGUUCGAGUGUCAACCUCCACUGGCAAACCUGUCCUCAUUCCGCCUCCCUGUUACUCAAUAGUUAUUCAGGAAUCUGCAAAUGGCAAUUGGCAUGUGCCGAGUGUAACUGGCGAUGAUCUUGAUAUACCAAGGAAAUGGUUGUGCGCUUCUAGAUGCAGAGAAAAAUCAUUACACAAUCUAUGGAAAUCCACCUCGACCACUGUUUACACAUGAGAAGUGGAAAGGAGUUUUUUUCUUAUCCUUUUUAUUUAUUUUCAGCAGCCAUAAGUAUUUUCCUUAUCUUAAAUUUGCAGUUGCAUCCUGCAGUGACAAAUGCAGGAACAGGAAAAGGCUGCUACCAUUCUUAUCUUUAGGUUUCCCUCAGUAGUUGAUAUUCAGAAUGAAAUGAGCAAAAUAGUUUGGUUAUUUUGAUUCUUGAGGCAAGUUCAGGUAGUAUGGACCAGAGGAUUAGGGCUAGCUUGUAGGUGAUUUAGCGUAUGAGCCUUGGCUCAAGUAGAUAAAGUCCCAUUUUCCUCCUAUUCAUUCUAUCUUCUUUGUAAGAAAAUUCUGUUGUGCUACCACAUCUAUUCCUGAACUGAAUAUGCAGGUGCAGGUAAUAUAUAUGAUUGAUGGAUUUAUUUUUACGGAUUUUGGCUCGAGUCCACAGUAUUUAAUACAAAGUUUUUGGUAAUGAAGAGCAAGAAGGAGCAAAAUUGGAAGGAGAAAAAAAUUGGUGUUUGUAUCAUUUUUGUAUUUGUCU